CUUUAAAGCAUGAUUUUAUUUACCUCUAUUCUACUGCAUAAACAAGGUGGCCCUCUAUCUAUAUUUCUAGUUUUGUGACCUUUCUUUUCAUCCACAACCUUCUCCCUUUCUUUUUUUCUCUCUAUCAAACACACUUGUGUUUUGGUGAAUUCAUUCUCUAUUUCUCAGCACAAUUUUUGAGGCUACACCUUUGUUCUCAAAGAACCCUCUUCUUCUCUCUCACUCCCUUUGAAUUUUCCAUACUGUUUUAGUGUAACCCUCUUGUUGAAUUGAUGUCUGGUCUGUACAAUCAGAUUUCCUCACCAGGAACAGCAAGGGCCAAUUCACCAAAUAUAAACAUGAGAAGCAAUUUUGAUGUUAAUAGUCAAUACUUAACUGAGUUGGUAGCAGAAUACCAGAAGCUUGGACCUUUCAUGCAAGUCUUACCAUUAUGUACUAGACUCUUAAAUCAAGAGAUUUUAAAGGUGUCAGGAAAGAAUGGAUUGAUGCAGAGCCAAGGGUAUAGUGACUAUGACAGAGUGCAGUUUGGAAAUGUCAAGCCUAAUCUUAUGCCUUCUUUGGAUACAGCACAAAAUUUCACUGGCUGGAACAGCUUGUCACAUGAAGGGUUAGCUGGAGUACAAGGACACAAUGUGGAUUGGCAAAGAGCAACAGCAGUCUCAAAUUCUCACAUCAUGAAGAAAAUUUUGCGCUUGGAUAUUCCUUAUGAUAAUCAUCCGAAUUUCAACUUUGUUGGGAGGCUUCUUGGUCCAAGAGGUAAUUCACUCAAGCGAGUCGAGGCUACUACAGGUUGCCGCGUGUAUAUCAGAGGAAAAGGUUCAAUUAAAGACUUUGAUAAGGAAGAGUUGUUGAGGGGAAGACCAGGAUUUGAGCACUUGAAUGAACCAUUGCACAUUUUGAUUGAGGCUGAACUACCUGUCAAUGUUAUUGAUAUAAGGUUGAGACAAGCCCGGGAAAUCAUAGAAGAACUACUCAAACCUGUGGAUGAGUCACAGGACAUUUACAAGCGGCAACAACUUAGAGAACUUGCAAUGCUGAAUUCAAGUUUUAGAGAAGAGAGUCCUCAGCUGAGUGGUAGUGUCUCUCCAUUCACCUCUAAUGAAAUGAUAAAAAGAGCCAAAACUGAUCUAUAGUCUUUUCUACAUUGUGAAAAUUGUUGCAGUAUUUGAAGUUUCUUCAUGUAUGUAAAUGAUGUCAUGUUAGAGAACAAAAUGAUGAGAACAAAAGAGAAAGGGUUGAUAGUUUUUAUACAUAUGUAUCUAUUGUCACAUUCAACUGCAUUAGUAGAAUUGUAAAAUUAGCACAAUUAUUAUUUUUAUUAUAUUUUGACAUGUUUUGUAUGUUUCUCUGAUGAGAAGAUAAACAAUCUCUUUCAACUUAA